GAAGGUUCCGGACUGGGGCGUCUGGGCUCGCUGGUACCAUGGGUCGGUUCGAAGCACGCUGAGAGGGACGCGGACCCGCUGGGGACGGGAAGGGGAGCGAGGCUGGGCCAUGGCCGGCGCUCGGGCGGACGCGGCGGCGGCGGGAUCCUGGGCUGCACCGGGAGGAGCACUGUCGAGGGAGUCCGGGCUCGGGGAGCUGCUGCAGGAGUUCUCUCGAACCCAGUACCGGGCCAAGGACGGCGGCGGAACCAGCGGCUCCAAGGUGGAGCGCAUUCAGAAGAGGUGUUUGGAGCUGUUUGGCCGAGACUACUGCUACAGUGUGAUCCAGAAUGUGAACGGAGACAUUUGUGGCCACUACCCCCAGCACAUUGUGAUCCUAGAAUAUGAGAGUUCAGAGAAGGAGAAAGACACGUUCCAGAGCACGGUGCAAGUGAACAAGCUGCAAGACCUCAUCUGCCGCAGCAAGAUGGCCCGGUGCAGGGGGCGGUUCGUCUGCCCGGUAAUUCUGUUUAAGGGCAAGCACAUCUGCAGGUCUGCCACGCUGGCUGGCUGGGGGGAGCUGUAUGGACGCACCGGCUACAAUUACAUCUUCUCUGGGGGAGUGGACGAUGCCUGGGCAGACGGCGAGGAUGUCACGGAGGAAGACUGCACGCUCCGGAGUUCGGACACGCACCUCUUCGAUAAGGUCAGAGGCUACGACAUCAAGCUGCUUCGGUACCUGUCUGUCAAGUAUAUCUGCGACCUGAUGGUGGAGAACAAGAAGGUGAAGUUUGGCAUGAAUGUGACCUCUUCUGAGAAGGUGGACAAAGCGCAGCGCUACGCCGACUUCACCCUCCUGUCCAUCCCAUACCCAGGCUGUGAAUUUUUCAAGGAGUAUAAGGAUCGAGAUUACCAGGCAGAAGGGCUCAUUUUUAACUGGAAGCAGGACUAUGUGGACGCCCCACUCAGCAUCCCUGACUUCCUGACCUGCUCCUUGAACAUCGACUGGAGCCAGUAUCAGAGUUGGGACCUGGUGCAACAAACACAAAACUACCUGAAACUGCUGCUCACCAUCGUCACCCGAAACGAUGACAGCGGGCUGCUGGUCCAUUGCAUCUCCGGCUGGGAUCGGACGCCUCUCUUCAUCUCUCUGCUGCGCCUUUCUCUGUGGGCAGACGGGCUCAUCCACACGUCCCUGAAGCCUGCCGAGAUCCUUUACUUGACUGUGGCCUACGACUGGUUCCUCUUCGGGCACAUGCUGGUAGAUCGGCUCAGCAAAGGAGAGGAGAUUUUCUUCUUCUGCUUCAAUUUUUUGAAGCAUAUCAUCUCCGAGGAGUUCUCUGCUCUGAAGACACACAGGAGGAAGAGUCUGCCCACCCGAGACGGCUUCACGCUAGAAGAUAUCUGCAUGCUCAGAAGAAAGGACCGCGGUAGCACCACCAGCCUCGGCAGCGACUUCUCGCUGGUCAUGGAGAGCUCGCCAGGCGCCGCUCCCGGGAGCUUCACUUAUGAGUCUGUGGAACUGGUUCCUGCAGGGCCACAGACCCAGGCAGCUUGGAGGAAGACCCGGCCGUCCUCCCCACAGAGCGUGCUGUGGAGCCGGCCGCAGCCCACCGAUGAGCGGUUGCCUGGCCAGCAGUGCCUGGUAGAAGCCAAGUCCUCCAGCUCCUCAUCCUCCAACCACUCUGACGGCUUUUUCAGAAUUGGCAGCAGUCCCUUGGAGGUCCCCAAACCCAGAUCAGUGGACCAUCCCCUGCCCGGAUCCUCUCUCUCCACAGACUUUGGCAGCUGGCAGAUGGUCACGGGCUGUGGCAGUAUUCAGGAGCGGGCUGGCCUGCACCCAGAUUCUGCUCUCCCUUUCAGCUUCCCGGAUGAGCUCCCUAACAGUUGUCUGCUUGCAGCACUGAGCGAGCGGGAGACGCGGCUGCAAGAGGUGCGUUCCGCCUUCCUGGCCACCUACAGCAGCACAGUGGGGCUGCGGGCUGCUGGCCCCAGUCCAUCCGGUGCUAUUGGGGGUCUGCUGGAGCAGUUCGCCCGAGGCGUGGGACUCCGGGGCACCAGCAGCGCCUUCUGAAGCAGCCAGCCUACCUGCAGACUCCUGUUUUCUCUCACCUGAGCCCUGAGUGGAACCAAAGCCAUGCCUGGCCGAGGGGUACCUUGAAGCUGGGGGGAGGGGGCGAACGAAAAACGUUCUCCCCCCGGCUUUCUCCACAAUGUAUGUGGUGACCCCAGGCCUAGCAGGGCCAAGGAGAAGAUUCUCCAGCCUCCGCUUCCUGACCGUGCUGCUGCCGCCACCAUCACUGCCUCCCGCCCGUCGUGGUCGGAUCCCCAUUAAGUCUCGGUCACGUGGGGUUUCCUGUGGGGGCUGCGAGUUCAAAAAAGAUCCCCAGUCCCUGUUCACUGGGGAGGGUGGGUCACCUGCACUGAGAGAGGCAAUUUGACACAAAUCACACAAUAAAGUGACAAUUUUUGAA